AUGUUUAUACUGUGCAACGCCGGAGAAAGACUUGGAAAUGAGGCGAUUGGUCUAAUUAACAAACUGGCAAAAUCUGAAAUUUACGGAUUGCCAAAUUCUGUAAAAUUUCAGAUAAAACUUUUCAUUACCCAAGCGAUCUCGCAACCAACUAUCAUGACCGCUUGUCAAUUCUGCACGGUGUCGAGACCUUUCUUUUUAACUCUGGUGGGAACAACCUUCACGUGCCUGGUCGUAUUCCUGCAAGUGAAGACGAAUCCAGCGAAGUUUAGAGCGCCUGGAGACGACAACGACGAUCGCUUUGGAUGUUAA